GACGUAGUCAAAAGAUCUGAAGAUCCAACCGCUUAAUGAGAAGAGCAGACACUCUUGUGGACUCAAGGAACGACUCCGGGGACUUCAGAAGUUUCCCGUGCUGCAUACUUUAAACGACGGUGAAGAAAAUACAAACAAUAUUUCUAGCUGUAUCGGAACAAAAUAUAUUGUCAAGGGAUCUUGUCAAGAGGGAAGGUGACUUCAAGUUAAUAGUGAAUGUUGCUGUAUUAUUGGAGAGCUCAGGGGACAUCCAGGAUAAGGAAUAACCAUGGUUCGGGCACCUCCACCAAGUCGGGCAAUAAAAAGGACAAAAAUCCUUGCUCUUGCGAAGGGUUUCCGUGGUCGUUCAAAGAAUUGCUAUAGUAUUGCAAUUAGAAGAGUGCAUAAGGCUUUGCAGUAUCAGUAUAUUAGUAGGAGGUUAAAGAAAAGAGAAAUGCGUGCACUUUGGAUAACAAGAAUAAAUAUUGCUACAAGAGAACAUAAUGUCAACUACUCUAACUUCAUCGACAAAAUGGCUCAGUACAAUAUCCAGUUAAACAGGAAGAUCCUUGCAGACCUUGCUAUCCAUGAACCCAGAUCAUUCAAGGCCCUGUCAGAACUUGCAAAGAGUCGCUUGAAAGACGGUUUAUUGGCAGCCAUAUAAUAACUUGUGUAUCCUCAACUAAGCUUUUUUGAACAAGUUUUAUCUGUGGCAGCUCUGGUGGCAAGAGUAGAAAGACUUUAUUGUAGCCUGUUAGCUGCUCUGUUAUUUAAAAGAUACUAGAGAAUUUGUGGUACUUUUUGCUGAAGGGUGCAUGCUUCUUAUUUUCCAUACCAUGAUGUCACUUUUCUUUAAAGUGGAGUAGCUGAAUAAAGAAUUUUUUUUGUCAAAGAGUUCUAGUUUUAUUCAAGAUUUUAGUUAAUUAUUUUAGAAAUUGUUUCAGUUGUUUUUGUCACAUUUGGUAGUUUUUCAAGAUAGCUGUCUUCUGAGGCAGCACAAAAUUGAAAGUGGUAGUGGCUUUUUAAAAUUGUAAUAUUUGGAAAGUUGAUAUUUCCUCUAUUAUAUCAGCUGCAAAUUGUAUAGUAGAAUGAUACCUGUUUGCUUCAAGAAUGAAGAAAUGGAUUCAUGUAUCUCAAUUGGUUUGAUGAAGCUCGUGCUAGCUUAGAUUAAUUCUUUUUCUAUCAUAGACAUAUGUAUGUUGGUAAAAGCAUUCACCAUUUUUUUGCCUAUAGCAGUGCUUUGUGUUUGAAGAUUUGUAUUGCAAAUCUAGGAACCAAAACUUUUUUUCUGGUUGUUACAACCAGCAAAUCAUUAGAAUCUUGCAGUACUUCUUCAGAGGUUUAUCUCUGAAGAACUCAUAAUUUCUUUUAAUCUCUCUCUCCCCCAGUUUAAUUUGUUGGAUACUCUCCUUCAGUAUGAGUUUAGGCAUUUCUCUAAGCAAGUUUCUUAGCAUUGAGGUUCUCACAUGUGAAAGGCUUCAUAAGAUCUGCAUGAAGUUUCAAUUACUUCCUCUUGCAGAAUAUUUGUUUAUAGCCUAGUGACAUCCAUAGAGAUUAAAACUGCGCUUUGUGGGACUUA